AUGGAUUUUUUCGAUAAAGUGAAGAGGAAUCCAAAUACGGGAAUUGACGAUUUGAGAUCGGAAUUUGAUGCCGAAAGUGACGCCGAGAGAAAACGUAAAAGAACAGAUUUUCUCGAAAAAGAGUAUUCUGGAGAGGUUGUUAGUUUUCGGUUUAUUAAAUAACUAGUUUUUAAGGCCCCGAAGCCAAAAAGAAGUGAAGGCAAGCAUUGGUUCCAAGACGAACAUGGCAGAGCUCACAGGUAUUAUAAAAAAGCUGUUCUGUGUUUAAUAGCGAAUCAGGCAGAUGUCCCGCCUCAUGACGUUAAACGCCUAUCAGCGCCACAAAGAAAUAAUUAACAUGUACUAUCUUUCUUUUCCUGGAUCGACCAAACUUUUACAACCAUCGACUUCACAUGAAAGAACAGAUUACGAUGUGUUAAAGGUAUUUAUUGGAAAUUUCGAAUCUCCGAAAGAAUUGUUUGAGGAUAAUCAUCGCUUUUUGUGGUCUGAAGAAGAUGAAUCCAGAACUUCGGACAGCUGGGAAGCAAGAAUGGCCAAGAAAUACUACGAUAAGUUAUUCAAAGGUCAGACUUUCGAGAAGAAAAGUUCUUAAAUCAUAUUUUCAACAGAGUAUUGCAUUGUUGACUUAACUUACUUUAAAAAGAAUAAGGUUGCCAUGCGAUGGAGGACGGAAAAAGAAGUUCGAGAAGGAAAGGUUUAAUAAAUUGUUUAUUCGGUAUUAAUUUGUCUUUAAGGGGCAGUUCGAGUGUGGCAAUAAAAAGUGCAAAGACUCGAUCGAUUUGAGAAGCUGGGAAGUAAGUUUUUGAGUUUUAAAACUAUUUCAUCGCGAUUUUUACUAUUUUUUUUAUCGGUUCAAAAAUAUUUUUCAUGACAGUUUUGAUGGUGUUCUCCAACAAGCAUCAUAAAAUUUUAUUCGAUACUUUUUAUUCGUUUUUUUCCACUUCUUUCACUUUUUUUUCGAAGAUACUGAAAUAAAAAAAUAAAAAAACUCGGGGAGAUUAAAAAAAUUAGGAUCGUCUGAAUGUUACUUUUUAAAUGGAUACAACCCAAAAAGUGGUUGCUCUCGCCGGGCGAUUCUGUUUUUAUUUUCUGUUUCUUAAAACUAGAUUGGAAGGAUAUGUUAAUUUCCUCAAAUAAAGUUUUCAAACUGGUUAUGAAAUGUUUCAAAAAUAAUUUCUUUUAGGUCAACUUUGGUUACGUUGAAAAUGGAGAGCGAAAAAACGCACUAGUGAAGGUGCGGUUAUGCCCGCAGUGUUCGGAGAUGCUCAACUACAGCUCGACAAAGAGAAGAGUUGAGAAGAAAUCUUCGAAAAAAUGGGGCUCCAAGCGAAAAGAUUCGCCGAAAGACACGGAGCGAGAAAAAAGCCCAAAAAAGGAAGAACCACAAAUUUCCAACGAAAAAGGUAGGUUAUUUCUUCUUUAGCGUUUUAAUUAAAUAAAUUUUCCCAAAUCCUAUACGUUUCUCAAUAUUUCCUUGAAGGGUCUUAACACUCGUUUUGUUCCAGAGUCGAUAAGUAAUUUAAAAUAAGAAUAUUUGUUUCAGCAGGAAAACCAACAGAAUCUGUUUCUGCCGAUAUUUGGGAGGCUCCAGUCGUACAAGACGUGGAAAGAACGGUUGAUGAAGACAUCGACGACUUUCUGGACGACUUAUUCGAGUGA